AUGGUGAGGGUAAAGUCUCACUCUGACGAUCCCGAAAUGCGUGAGCUGAAAAGUAGAGUGGUUUCUAUUCUACCUGUGGUAUUGCCAGAGUUUCGAAAACUGUCGAAGUUCACGAACGGUUCUAAUUCGCUGGUAUCCGAACCCAUGGUGAAGGAGGAGCCAGACUGGGAAGAAUCAAAGAAACGUGAACUGAAAAACAGCCGGAGAAAAGUACUUGCGGAGCAAAUAGGGAAGCAGAUUCCUUGCACUGAGCCACAAACCCGUGAACUGAGAAGCAGAACGGUCAUUAUAUUUCCGGUAACACCGCUAACCCGAAAGAAGAAGGAGUGUGCCGAUAAGUGA